GUUUGCUCUAUUCAUUCCCUUUCUCCGCUAAAGCGCUCCCUAAAACAGUGACAGUCACGGUGACCAAAAUCGAAUAUUUAGGGUUGCAAAACAAGUCUGGACCUUCCACUCUCACUUCUCUCAACUCCUCCCAUUGAAUUCCCUAUUCUUCCAAUUAUCCAAAUCCAACAUUCCUCUCUCUUUCAAAUUUCAUCCUUCGUUUUCACACUCUCUACGCUCUCUCUUUCCCAAGUCUCACUCACCAGUUGGGUAAGAAGAAAUCAAGGAUCACACAUUGCAUUCUAUUUUCUUCUCCAAACCAUUCAAGGGUAACUUCUUAUCAUUGUCCAUGAGGCUCUAUGAUGAAUUCAAAGAGAUACUAAAGAUUCAGAAGUUCCGAAGAUUGGUGUCUUAUACUGGGUUCUUCUGCUUUACUACGCUUAUAAGCUAUGCUUACACUAGCAAUACAACUAGGGCUGGGUACUCUAGAGCUGAUCAAUUCUAUGCAUCUUAUCCGGCUGGUACUGAGCUUUUAACUGACAGUACCAAGUUAUACAAAGCUGCUCUUGGAAACUGCUUUGAAGCUGAAGAAUGGGGUCCAUUUGAGUUCUGCAUCAUGGCAAAACACUUUGAGCGUCAAGGGAAGUCACCGUAUGCAUAUCAUGCACAAUAUAUGGCGCACCUCCUUUCUCUUGGACAACUUGAUGGGAGUGGUUAACCUGGCUUAUGACAAAGUGGAAAUUUUUUUGCAGUAUAUGAAGACGUAUAAAGCCAAAUAAGAAAACUUGAGGUUUGAGUACUUGUCGAGUUUUGAACUGCUUUGUAUUCUAUUCUAUGACCUUAAUUUUUAUGAGAUAGGAACACAGUAUAUGGAGCAUUUUCUUUUUCUUGUAGGGUGACAACAAAUGUUUAGCUUUAUCCCUAUCCUCUUUGAUAUACAAAUGUCCCAUCAGUGUCAAGUGCUUCAGAUUAUGUGUUAAACAUGCCACAGUACUCCUUGUCUUCUUAAAGACGAUUCUAAGAAAUGUUGGCGACUGAACUGAUACUAGUAAGAAUUCCACAUGACCAAAAUCCGUAGAUGGUAAAGGUACAAGAAUACGUAUAUGUAUUCUUUUGAUAGUGGCGACACA